UGUUCCGUGCCGUACUGUCACACUGUAACUGACGGUUGUGUCAGAUAGUCGAUCGAUGGUGCCGCUGCUGAGCAAAGAAACGGUCUAAAAGAUUUGUAAAUUGGCACCACCAAAAUAAUUAACUGUUCAAUUAAAACUACACCGUCAAGAGGAAUAAACCCGUGCCAGGCCCUACGCACUGAGUGUAACUUAGGGCAGCAGCGAUGUCGGGCUCCUACGAUGACUCCAUGACCGAUGUUUCCAGUGAUAGCUUCUGGGAGGUUGGUAACUACAAACGAGCAGUGAAACGGGUAGACGAUGGUAACCGACUGUGUAAUGAUCUGAUGAGCUGUCUUCAUGAGCGUGCUCGUAUUGAAAAGUCCUACGCACAGCAGCUCACAGAAUGGGGGAAGCGCUGGCGGCAACUCAUAGAAAAAGGCCCUCAGUAUGGUUCGUUAGAGCAGGCGUGGUCUGCUCUGUGCACCGAGGCGGAGAAGGUGAGCGAGCUCCACAUGGAUGUGAAAUCAGCACUGAUGGGAGAAGACUAUGAGAAACUGAAGAACUGGCAGAGAGAUUCAUACCAUAAACAGAUGAUCGGCGGCUUCAAAGAGACUAAAGAGGCUGAUGACGGCUUCCGCAAGGCUCAGAAACCCUGGGCAAAGAAACUCAAAGAGAUGGAGACGAUGAAGAAGUCUUACCACUCUGCCUGUAAAGAAGAGAAGCUGGCAGCCAGCAGGGAGACCAACAGCAAACUGGAGAGCAACAACAACCCCGAAGUCCAAAAGAAGCUCCAGGAAAAGGUGGAGAAGUGUCAGCAGGAGGUGCAGAAGACUAAAGAACGCUAUGACAAAUCCCUGGAAGAACUCGACAAGUUGACCCCUCAGUACAUGGAGAACAUGGAGCAGGUGUUUGAGCAGUGGCAGCAGUUUGAAGACAAACGAAUCCGCUUCUUCAGAGAGCUAUUGCUGGAGGUUAAACAGCACCUGGAUCUCUCAUCCAAUCCCAGAUUCCAGACAAUCUACCACACGCUGGAAGACACAGUCUCUGCUACUGAUGCUGAAGAGGACCUGAAAUGGUUCCGGUCCAAUCACGGCCCCGGCAUGCCAAUGAAUUGGCCCCAGUUUGAGACUUUGGACUGGUCCCACCCUCGCUCCUUUAAGAGAAGGUCCAUUGUAGACUGGUCCAUAGACCUGAACCGGACCCUCAGCAGACGAGAGAAGAAGAAGCCAUCAGAGGGCGUCACACUGACGGGCAUCAGUCAAACUGGGUCAGAUCAGCCAGUUCAGCCUGCCAAGACGAGCAGCAGCCUGGCUGUGCCCACUAACACAGCGCCAGUGGGCUCAAACCCCUUUGAUGAAGAUGACGAAGAUGAUGGGGAGGAGGAGAUGGAGAUGGCCUUGGAGCAGCCGACCACAGUCAACCACAUCAGUGUUAAAAAAGAGGAAAUAAAAACUGCCAGCAGUACGGAGAAGACUCCAGACUGGUCAGAUGAAGACACAGGUGGUAACCCUUUCUCCUCCAACGGUGAUGGGAAUCCAUUCGAAGAUGAGCCGGCUUCUCCCGUCAUAUCUGUGCCUGUCAAAGCCCUCUAUGACUAUGAAGGCCAGGAGCAGGAUGAGCUUACCUUUAAAGCAGGCGAUGAGUUCACCAAAAUUGGUGAAGAAGAUGAUCAGGGUUGGUGCAAAGGCCGGCUCAAAGAUGGAAAAACAGGCCUCUAUCCUGCUAACUAUGUGGAAGACAUCCAGUAAUUAAUUAUCACAAAUGAAUAAAUGUGAAGAAAGUGGUGUGUUGCGAAAUGACAGUGCGGCUGGAAACGAUAUUUUUAACCCUUUUCUCCCUGUUGGCGAAGACUGGACUGGUGUUGGAGAAGGCCGGAAAAGAGAAGUUGCAGAUUACUAAAGGACCACUUGAAAUGUUGCUUUCCACAGAUUGACAGUACAAAGAUGGAAAUAAACCACAAGUUUCCAGAUGAUUCCAGGCGAAGAAGAUCGCAGGAGAAAAAUUGCUGUCAGUGUAUGAUAUGUUACUUAGAAUCCCAUUUAUGCUGUUACAAAAAAAAUAAUAGCCUUUCAAGUAUAUAUUGGAUGAAAUGUAUGUGUGAAUUUAUAUAUUGUUAAAACAAAACACUGGGAUGACACAUGCAGCCUAAAUAUGCAAGCCACUAUGGAUUAAUUAAGGGAGAUGACCCUUUUUAUAACCAUAAUCUAUUUUAGGUUUGAAACCAUUUCUGCCUUUUUUUUUAGAAACCAGUUCAUGUAUGUUAAUUUUUAGAUUUAUUUUGGACAAUGCGAGCCCUUAUGUUGACAUUAUUGUGUCAGAUUUAACCUGAUUUAAAUUAGUGCUAACAUUGUUCUGUCAUUCCUUUUCAGGGUUCUGUUUUUCCAUUCAGUUCAUGAACUGUUGUGGUUAUUUUAUAAGGAAUGAUAAAGCUCCUUAGACCCUUAUUCUGACGUAGCCUUCAUUUAGUUCAGUGAGUCGGUUCCUCUAGUGACUGCAAUUGAAUGUAUAUUCACUGAUUGUAUUUCCUCACUUCUUGAUUGUUCACGUUUGCUAAUGUUGGGUUUUUGCAAGCAUUGACCCAUUAACCCCUUAAACUGUCCUCAACCUUCUCACACAGAUCUCUCGACUUUCUGUUGAUUGUAGAUUGUCCUACAAUAUGGGUUAUUUUUCGAACACUGAAUUUUUUUCACAAACGUUUAUCUCACUUGAAUCUCCAUGUUUUAAUUCUCUCACUUGGUAAAUGUCAAGUUAUGGGAGAAUAUGUAAGUGUUUGUUGUUGUUUUGUUUUUUUUGAAAAUAUAUUACAAUUUAUAGCAAUAAAACCACAGCCAAGUAUGGCUUGCAUACAUGCAUGUAAAUAGCUUGGAUGAAACGUAGUCGAACAAAUUAAGCAUCGAUAUCAGAUGAUAUGUAGUUGAAAAUUGAUGAUUGUUAAUUUAUGAUGCCACAAGUGCUUUUUGUUCUACUCUUGUUAGAAUGCUGUGACUGAGAAUCAGUUUGUAUAGUAAUUGAAUGUUUUAUGGCAAAUAUCCCUUAAAUCUGUUAUUUUGAUAUAUUUGUAAAUAUGAUUAUUUUCCCCCAUCACAGAGGGCCAUACUCAUUGAAUGAAUCAACAAAUAUGUGCAUAAUUGUUAAUUUCCCCUUAGGAGCUAUGAUAUGAAUGGAUAGCUUUAAUACAUAUGUUUGGAUCAUCAAGUGUUUUGUAAGCUUGAAUUGCAGUCUUUUCAAUUUUGCAGGCUCCAAAUUCCUUAAUUGCCUAUGUAUUGAGGAAAUCAUUGAAAAAAAUCAAUUUGAUGCCUUUAACUGCAGCACGAGAGUAAGAUGAAUAUUCUUGUCUUUAAUAAUAGUGAGAAAGGUGACGUUUUGCCAUAUUUUCAGGGCAUGCUGUUGUCAAAACGGUGCAACAGCUGUACUUGGACAGCAAGGUUUGUAAAUGUUGUCCCACAACAUAAUAAAUGAAUUUAUUGGAAAAACAUUU